CUUCACCGUUUGGCGUAACGCGAACCAUCAAUUUCCCAUCGGCGGACCGACCGUCAAUGGGCGAGCACGGACGGGCCGUCGAGUUGCGCGAUCGAUCGAUCCACAGGCGUCUUCGCGAUUUUUCUCCCGAGACAGCAGCAGUCCCGGUUGGCGUUCGGAGCGCACGAGGCGUAGACCCGUCUAGAACUUUUCCCCUCAGCCACACCGUUACUAUAUAGUCGCGUCGUGGCUCUCUUGGUGUAACUCAGCAGCGGACGGCCGAAGGUUGCGAAGAUAUAUCCGUUGGAGCAGUUUUAGCAUAAUACAAGUUAUUUAAUAUAAAAGGGACUUCAAUACGCCGUAAGAAUGGUGAAGGAGACUACAUUUUAUGACGUGUUGGGCGUGAAGCCUGGAUGUACACAGGAAGACUUGAAGAAGGCCUACAGGAAGCUGGCUUUGAAAUAUCAUCCUGACAAGAAUCCUAAUGAAGGCGAAAGGUUUAAGCAAAUAUCUCAAGCGUACGAAGUACUGUCGAAUCCUGAGAAGAAACGUAUUUAUGAUCAAGGUGGCGAGCAAGCUUUAAAAGAAGGUGGUAUGGGCAAUAGUGGUUUUUCAUCUCCAAUGGAUAUCUUCGAUAUGUUCUUUGGCGGAGGAUUUGGACGAGGUCGAGCAAGAAGAGAACGUAGAGGUCAAGAUGUCAUUCAUCAAUUAUCGGUCUCCCUGGAAGAACUGUACAAGGGAACUGUGCGUAAACUCGCUUUGCAAAAGAAUGUCAUUUGCGAAAAGUGCGAAGGUGUUGGUGGAAAGAAGGGCUCCGUUGAACAGUGCUCUACAUGUCAUGGUUCCGGACUGCAAGUACAAAUCCAGCAAUUAGGUCCGGGAAUGUUGCAACAUUUACAAACUAUGUGUUCAGACUGCAAAGGUCAAGGUGAACGUAUCAAUCCUCGUGAUCGUUGCAAGCAUUGCAACGGAAGAAAAACUAUUAGAGAUAGAAAAAUUCUUGAAGUUCAUGUCGAUCCGGGAAUGGUUGACGGUCAGAGGAUCACUUUUACUGGUGAAGGCGAUCAGGAACCGGACUUAGAACCCGGUGACAUAGUUAUCCUACUUGAGGAAAAGGAGCAUGAAGUAUUUAAGCGUUCAAGGAACGAUUUGAUAAUGAGAAUGCAAUUGGAACUGGUGGAGGCAUUAUGUGGAUUCCAAAAAGUUAUCCGUACAUUGGACGGUAGAGAUCUUGUGAUAACUUCGCUGCCUGGCACCGUUACGAAACAUGGCGACUUGAAGUGCAUCUUGAACGAAGGCAUGCCGAUUUACAAGGAUCCGUUUACACAUGGCAGACUUAUAAUACAAUUCAUAGUCAAUUUCCCGAAGAACAUUGACCCGUCGGUCAUCCCGACGUUGGAGCAAUGUCUGCCGCCGAGAGAAGAAGUUGUAAUACCGAACGGUGCUGAAGAGUGCAUACUCACCGAUUUGGAUCCUGAACAGGAAGCGAGGCGAAGGGACACGAGACAAGCAUAUGAGGAGGAUGAAGGAGGCCCGUCGCGAGUCCAAUGUGCCACGCAUUAAUUUGAUUACACUAACCCUGUAAUAAACAUAGCCAUUUCUUUCAUUUUUGUCCCAUUCGCUCGACUCCGUGUCAUGCUAAAGAAAGAAAUAAUAUAGCUGGAUAUAUAGGCGAACCGCUCAACGAGAUAGAAGGAAGCAAAAGAAAAAACUGAGGACUGUCCGAUUCCGCGAAUACGCGCAGGGCUAUGGGAAUAUUGCAGCUACCGUAUUCUCGAUGACCCUUACGCGAAGAGAGAUCUUGAAGGUAGAUGACCAUUGUCACGAAACUAUGAGAAUCUGGUACUGUGCUGGAAGUAUAAUGAAAGUACAUUGUAAAUUCUGGCGAAGAGCAUCUCAAUGGCAUCCAUUAGUUUCGCUUAAGUAGAAGAUCAUUAAGAGCGUGUACUUAUCAUUACACACAGCGGUAAGAAAAUUUCAAUUUAUUUAACAAUCUAACAUAAAGAAAAAGAAACGAACAUUAUAUGAUGUCGAUCGUAAAUUACACAGCAUAAUGAAAAUUCGUCGUGUAUUUCGAACAUCGCGAUUACUCUCUGCUAUUUGACCAAUUAUAUCGCCCCAAUAAUCAGCUAGCAGCUCAGCAGUGAUUACUACGUGGUUAAGCAUAGCGUUAAAACCAUAUAUGUAUAUUUAGUUAAAAUUCGUGGGUUGUCUAUGUACACAAUUUUUUCUGGCCUUCCAGGUUAGUAGUAGCACUCAAUUAUUCCAAAAUCUUAAGAUCCAAAAAUCGUUAUCUUUUACAGUUUUCUAGAACUUGAAAAUAACAUCUGGGAUGUAUCAAUGUGAAAAAACGGUAUAAAUUACGUUUGAUUAUCAAGCGAUAAUAUGACGUUAUCCGUUAUAUUAGAGAUCUCAAAACUCUUCACAAAGUGGGACAUUAUUCCAUAUUCAUAGUAUUUAAUUUCUUUUCCAAGUCGCUUUUAUAUACUGGCGUGUGACGAUAAUAACAGAAAUAUAUGAUUUUGUUUGCGAAUAAUGCAAAUAAAAUGAAGAAUCAGGUUCCUGUAUGUGUGUGGACGAUUGCGCGUAUUCGUAAGCAGCUCUGUGCAAUUUUUUGUCGUUGAAUAUCGAACGAUUUUUCUUUCACCCCCUCACCAAUGUAUUGUACAUCCAAGUAAAAGCGAUAAUAGUGAAAUUAGGAAAUCUUUAAAUGAAUUUGAGUUAAAAUUAGAAGAUUUACGGAAGGAUCUUUUAAUAAUUAUGGAUUAUUUUUGAGAA